AUGGUGCCUCUGCACGCCGUCGACGCCCCCAAGGCUGAAGCCGACGCCCUCUCCGACAGCCUCGAGUGCGUCUCGCUCGACGCGCCGGCUGUCGUCGACAUGCCGCUCGAGCUGCUCGACCUCAUCGUCCUGGCGGGCGGCUGGCGCGGCUGGUUCACGUGGAGAGCGGUCAGCCGGCGAUGGUCGGAGCUCCCGGAGCCCUUCCGCCGGCACGUGUGCGUCGUGCCGGACGAUCAGGAGACCAUCGUGCGCGGCAUCAGCAACGCUCCCGCCAACGAGGGCUGCGGUGGGCCGCUGGUGCUCGUGCGGCCCGGUACCUACGCGGAGAGCGUGCGCGUGCUCCGUGACGUGACGCUCGUGGGCCUGGGCGAGGUGGUCGUGCGCGCGCCAGGAUGGGAGAGCGCGCUCGUCUGGGGCGGCUACACGGUGCGCGGCGUCAAGUUGUUCGACCAGUUUGAUCUGCAGUCGUCCAACGCGGGCGCUGGGGCACGCGUGCACAACCUGACGCUGUGCCAGCGCAACCAAUCUCAGGCGACGGCCGUCUACUGCACGUGGGGCACACCACUGUUGACUCACUGCCGCAUCGGGGGCACCGUUCACGUCGCUGGACGAGGCGCGGCACCGACCGUGCGCCAUUGCUCGAUUGAGGGGUCGCGAGGCGCCGGCUUGCGAGUCGUCGAUCACGCCGGCGGCCGGUACGAGCACCUGCGCAUCUCCGGCAGCCGGACCGCCGCGGCGCACGUCUCGCUCAAUGCGCGCCUCGACGCCUUUGAUCACAACACGUUCGUUGGCAACGGCGUCGAUGGCGUCGUGCGCGGCGACGGCGCGUGGGGCGCGAGCCUCGACACGCCCGACGCCGAGGCAGCAGACGGGUCCGACUCGGACGACGAGGUGCUGUACGGCGAUGCCGAUUUCGAGUAG